UUCCCGGCUUUUUUCCCCAAAGUAAAACAAAAACACAUUUUCUCUCUGUAAAACUCUCUCUCAUUUCUCUGAUCAAUCGUCAACAAUGGCGUUUUCGGAGCAAGCAAUUGUAGCUUCACCACCUCAAAUGGAGCAAUCGAUUGUUGAUUCUCACUUUUCCUCCGUCCUUUACGAUCUUUCGCAGCAAGUGCAAGGAGCAAUGGAAGACAUGCUUAAGAUGAUCAGCGAAAUUGAUGUACAAUCUGCUGAAGUAACUGAAGAAAUGGAGAGGUGCAAAGAAUAUGCUCUUGAGAGGAGGAAGGCGAUUGAGGAAGAGAAGGAAUGUUUCCAGAAAGCUGCUUAUGCUGUUCUAGACGUGCUGAAUGUAAGAGAGGGCAAACAAGAUGAUCAGAUGUUUCUGGAAAAUGGGUCUGAAUACUGAAGCAGAUUUGCCUUAAGUGGAUACAAUUGGUGCAGCUGCUGAAAGUUUGACAUUUGCUUGGUAAGGUUGUGAGCGUUGUCUUGAACUAUGAGAUCAUACAAAUGAGUCGUAUAAAUGAUUGUGCCAUUAAUCAAUUUACCAUCCUAUAUGCUUACAACAACUUCUGCCUAAUUGUAUCCAAUUCUACAAGAAUUAGGAUAUGAAACUCAUUAGUGAUGCUGGAUUGCUGCUACCAGCAAAGAGAAGUUAAGAGUUCUAAACUAUUGUUGUUUGCUACUGCUUCGUUUUCCAUGAAUCACAGAACUUCCCAAUUACUUCCUCCGUCCCAAUUUAGUUGCUACAUUUUGACCAUAGACCCUAUUCACGUCAUAACUUUGACUAUCUUUUACUCCAUAUACAUAAGAAAAACCAUAGUCAUGUUGGAUCUUCUUUGAUUCGUCCCAAUUUGUGUUUUCCAAAUAUAUAUAAUUUUUAUAAUUUUUUCAUAUAUGCAACUCAAUAUUUGGUGUUUGAAGUUGCAUCUCAUAAACUGUGAUAAAACAAAUGUAGCAACUAAAUUGGAACAGUACAUUUUCAAAGCUUAAAUUAUACUGUCAACCAAUAUACUUGGAAAAAAGAUAUUAGAGUGUAACACCAUAUUACAUUAUCAUCUCAUUUGGUACGCAUCAUUGUUUUUAAGAGUAUACAAGCGCUUGUACCCUAGCACAAAUGUAAACAAGGGAUGGUCAAAACUCUGUUGUUACAACGCCAAACUAGCUCAUUAUGUAUAUACAACUUCUGUUCCCCUUCCCCCACCCUUCGGCCUAGUCUAACAACAUAAGCCUCAACAGCUACAGAAUAGCGGAGUAUAUCAUUGCCAAUGCCGGGUAUGUACAAGCUCAAAACAUUUUAUACAAAAAUUGGCGUAUACUAUGCUCCAAAAUGUACAUCUGAUACUCUUCAAAAGAUUUAGAUCAGGUUGCAAGAAAACCAGUGCUUUAAAACUGUAUUCCUAUUUAUUUUUUUACCAAGUAGAGGUAAAACUUGUUGCUUGUAUGCUCUAUCAAUCUCAAUCCGCAGUAGAUUGUUAUUGUUUGGUACGAGGUGAACCCUGCUACUGCUGAAAGACAUGCCAAGUCAGAACUGCAAUUUGUCUGUUGAAGUGUUGUAUUGUAGAUGAAACACAUCAUCUGUAUUAGAGGCAUCAAUUUCGUUCUCAUCAAGAAUACGAUGCCUGACAUCACCGUGUUCUCUCAUGGGCGUAAUUGGAAGCGCGAAAUGAAUAUAUAACUUUAAGCCAAGUGCUGUCAUCUCAGUCCAGUGUAA